AGAGUUCAGCGGAAAGCCAAAGUCUCCACCUUCCCCGCCCCUGUGCAGCUGUGCUCGAAACUGCAGACCUAAGCGCCCAGGGAGAUACACAAGCGAUGGACGGCGGCGACAGCAGCCCGGUGAUGACGGACAGCGAGAGGCGGGCGUACCGGUACGGGCACCCGGCGGCGCCCAGGCUGCGGGGCAUGCGCAAGUCGUGGUCCAACGACUCGCUCGCCGGCUACGGCGCCUACGGCGGGGGCGGCAGGGCCUCCUGCGUGUGCGCGCCCACCACGCACCCGGGCUCCUUCCGCUGCAAGCACCACCGCCACGCCGCCUCCAACCUCGGCGCUGCCACCGCCGCGCCACAGGCCGUCGCCAAGCACGACGAGGAACAGGAAACGGCGCCCGACGCCGAUGAGGCGGACAAGUCCUCGUGAGGCUCCUGCGGCCUGCGCUGCUGCUGCUGCGGCGGCGGCGGCGUUUGCAGGUUUGGGGGCGUCGUACUAUCGCACGGCGCUCCCCCUGCGCGCCGACGUCUUCUUUUCGUGUCAUUUCGAGACUUUGGUGUGAAUUUUUUUCUUUGCUGCAAUAAUGAAGUGCUGCACUGCUGCUGUGCUCGGCACGGCAAAUGACGUGUGAAUAGAAAUUUUCCUGUGUCUUUUGAUCUUUUGAAAAGAGACGUAGCGCUUCUUUUACUCUGAGCUUUUGCCUGCAUGGUAUCUGAUCGGCGUUUGUUAAAAAGGUUCCGAAGGAGAUGUAUAUGUACUCCUACACAGUACAUUUGUUAAAAGUUAAUGGACCAUAGCACGUACUCGUGUAAUUUUCCUGCA